AUCGCCUUUCGUUCAGCAGAGCAAACCCAGGUCGUCGUCGUCGUCCUUCUCCGUUGCUCGCAAGUUGCGAUUUUUGCAUCCGGAAACACUCGCAACUUACACAAGCUUCUGCGUACCGGACAGCUACUACAGAUCCAGCCCUCGCUUUUCUGUUGUUCUCCUUUGGAAAGUGGGGAAGCAAUGGACGAGGAGGACAUAGAUAAGCUCGUGACGGCGUAUCUGAAGAAGAGGGGUUUCAAGCAAGCCGAGCUCGUUUUCCAAGAAGAGCUCCAGCAGCAGCAGCAGCAGCAGCAGCCGCCGAGCAAGGCCGGCGACCGCAACAGAAAUUCGCUCGCUGACCCUGAGAUUGCCAAGCUCGUCCACUCCUUCACCGAUAGGUCUGAAAGCUGUCCGGUGCGAUACCAUGAUGGAUAUGGCAAACUAAGGACGUGGGCGGACAGCUCCCUUGAUUUGUACAAGCAUGAGUUGCUGCGUGUUCUUUAUCCAGUAUUUAUUCAUUGUUUUAUGGAUUUGAUUGCACAAGGACAUCUUCAAGAAGCACGAACCUUUUUCAAUAGCUUCCGCGAGGACCAUGUGAUGAUGCACUCUGCAGACCUUCUGAAGUUGGAAGGAGUCCUUUCCCCAUCUCAUUUGGAGGAGAUGGAAUUUGCCCAUUAUCUUAGGCACACAAAAGCUAACAUCAAGAUUUGUAAGUAUUCCUAUGAGCUUCUACUUCAAUAUCUUCACAAGACGCAAUCUAUGACGAUGCUUGGAAUAAUCAACGAGCGUAUAAACUUCCAAGUUACCCCUGGACAGCCCAUGUCUAUUUCUGAGGAUGUUGGAGUAGAGACGAUGUUUACCAUCGAGGAUGCUGCUAAUCAAGCAAGUCACAAAGAGAUACAGUGGGGGUUGCUUGAAGAUUCUUUGGAGGAUCGCCUGGAGAAGGCUGGAAAUCCACAUUUAGAAUCUGAGAAGGCCAAUGGAGAAACCAAAGAGGGAGACUUGGAUGACAUUAAGAAAAGGUCAGGAGAAGGGGGAAAGCAAAGUACUUCAGUCAAAAAGUCAAAAAAGGACAAGGGUGCAGGUGCAGCUGGGAAAAAUAUGCGCCCAGAGCCUAAUGUUGUAUCUGUGGCGCCACGAGUCAAACCAGAGCUUGCUUUGCCAGUAAUGUCAACAGAGGUUGAGCAAUCCAUACUUGAAGACUUGAGAAACCGGGUGCAGUUGAGUAGUUCAGCGCUGCCAUCUGUCAGCUUUUAUACAUUUAUCAACACGCAUAAUUGCUUAAAUUGUUCAUCAAUAUCCCAAGAUGGGUCCUUGGUCGCUGGUGGAUUUUCAGACUCAUCGUUGAAGGUUUGGGACAUGGCAAAGCUAGGGCAGCAAUCUGGUACUUCUAUGUUGCAGGGUGAAAAUGAUACCACUAAUGAACAGGUAGUGGGGCCAAAUGGUGGGAGGAGAUCUUACACCCUGUUCCAGGGUCAUUCAGGCCCUAUACAUUCUGCCACUUUUAGUCCUUUGGAUGAUUUUAUUCUCACCUCGUCAGCUGACUCCACGAUUCGGUUAUGGAGCACAAAACUGAAUGCUAAUAUUGUGUGUUACAAGGGCCACAACUACCCUGUAUGGGAUGUUCAGUUUAGUCCAGCAGGGCAUUACUUUGCCAGCUCUUCACAUGACAGAACAGCGAGGCUAUGGUCUAUGGACAGAAUUCAGCCCUUGAGGAUAAUGGCAGGACACUUGUCUGAUGUUGAUUGUGUUCAAUGGCAUCCCAACUGCAACUACAUCGCCACUGGUUCUUCUGAUAAAACGGUUCGAUUGUGGGAUGUAGCCAGCGGAGAAUGCGUACGCAUUUUUAUCGGCCAUCGGAGUAUGAUUUUGUCUUUGGCUAUGUCACCAGAAGGUCGUUACAUGGCUUCUGGAGAUGAAGAUGGCACAAUCAUGAUGUGGGACGUUUCGAGUGGGCGAUGCAUUACGCCUUUAAUGGGUCACACAUCUUGUGUCUGGACCCUUGCCUACAGCUGUGAAGGUACUCUUCUUGCAUCUGGUUCUGCUGAUUGCACGGUAAAACUAUGGGAUGUUACUACAAGCACAAAAGUUCCCAGAACUGAAGAAAAAAGUGGAAACACAAGCAGACUAAGAUCACUGAAAACUUUGCCGACCAAGUCUACUCCUGUGUACGCAUUGCAGUUCUCUCGUAGGAAUUUACUGUUCGCCGCCGGGGCUCUGUCAAAGGCGUGAGUUGCGGUCCAGCUGAAAGCCUCAUCAGAUCUUUAUCAGCACUCUUUGCCUAACUUCCCCAAGGCUUGCUAUUAACUUUGUCCUUACCCCAUGAGCUUCGAACAAUCAAUUGACGUCCACUUGCAUAGUUUGCAAGUUGGAGGACUUUUUGGCCAUAAUCCAAGGACUUCAAUGCUGUCCUUCUGUGGACCAUCAACUGUAUGUUUGAUGUGUGUAGUAUGCAAAGAAAAAUUAGUUGUAGAUAGACAAAUUGUAACAUGAAGAAUGCAAAUUUCUG